ACUGCCGCGGAUGUAAUAUUCCGUCACUCGCAAGUGGACUGGCACACGUGGCGCCAUGACCCGCAGUUGGAUUUUAUUAAGAAAGCGCCCAUCUGGUCUUUAAAAAUACUCCCCCACGCAUUGGAGUGGCUUGGGGCGCCUCUCUUUGCUCCCUCCUCCGCAUUCUCCGCCCACGCCUUCAUCGAUUUCAUCCAUAGCUCGGAGCUUUGGUGUGAUUCCAGCGGCGCUGGACCGAUCCCGUGCCAGCUAUGGAGAUCAAUGUGGUGAGGGAGACGAUGGUGAGGCCCGCGGGGGCGACGCCACAGCGGGUGCUGUGGAACUCCAACGUGGACCUCGUGAUCCCGCGCAUCCACACCGCCAGCGUCUACUUCUACCGCCCGGAUCCGAGCGGCGGCGAGGGAUAUUUCGAGGGCGGCGUGCUCCGCGAGGCGCUGGCCAAGGCGCUGGUGCCGUUCUAUCCCAUGGCUGGGCGGCUCAAGAAGGACGAGAAUGGGCGGUUUGAGAUCAACUGUAAUGGCGAGGGCGUGCUGCUCGUGGAGGCGGCGGCGGCCAAUGCGAGCGUGGAUGAGUAUGCUCGCGAUUUCGCCCCGGAUGUCUCGUUCCAGCGCCUCAUCCCUUCCGUGGAUUACACCCAAGACAUUGGCUCCUUUCCACUUCUCGUUCUUCAGAUCACUCGCUUUAAAUGCGGUGGAGCCUCUCUCGGCGUCGGAAUGGAACACCAUGUCGCGGACGGCAUGUCUGGGAUAACUUUCAUCAACACCUGGGCUGCCAUGGCCAGGGGCGAGGAUCCAAAGAUCGUUCCAUACAUCGACCGGACGCUGCUCAGGGCGAACAAGCCACCGAUCCCAAAGUUUCCGCACGUCGAGUACCACCCUCCGCCGCUUCUCAAGCACGCAGCGGCCACGAACGGGCACUCAAACGGAAAAGCAAAGCCUCAAGCCGGCGACGAUGCGCCUCCCAGGAUCGCAGUAGGACUUUUCAAGUUUACAAAAGAACAGCUCCAGGCCUUGAAGAGCCAGGCCACGGACGAAGAGACCAACACCACGUACAGCAGCUACGAGAUGCUGUCCGGCCACAUCUGGAGGUCCAUGUGUCUCGCUCGCGGCCUCGACGACGACCAAGAGACCAAACUUUACAUCGCCACCGACGGGCGAGCGAGAGUUGUGCCGCCGCUUCCAAAGCACUACUUCGGAAACGUCAUCUUCACUUGCACGCCGAUGGCGCUGGCCGGAGACCUGGUGUCGAGGCCACUCUACUACGCGGCCAGUGUGAUACACGAUGCGGUGUCCAGGAUGAACGACGAGUACCUGCGCUCGGCGCUCGACUACUUGGAACUCCAGCCGGACUUGUACAAGCUUGUGAGGGGAGCUCACACUUUCAGGUCGCCGAAUCUGGGGAUCACGAGCUGGAGCCGGCUGCCGGUUUACGAUGCGGACUUUGGAUGGGGGAGGCCAGUUUUCAUGGGGCCGGCGGUGAUCGCGUUUGAGGGCCUGGUUUAUGUUCUUCCCAGCGGGACAGGGGAUGGCAGCCUCAGUAUCUCGCUGGGGCUCCAACCGGAACACAUGCCACGGUUUGAGCAGCUCAUCGGGCAAAUCUAGAGUCGAUGGAUGGCAUGCUAAGAUUUCUGUGAAAUGCAGGCUCCACCAAACCUUUUUUUUAUCUGCUCAACAACCAGCCAUGGAUUCUGUGUAAUCAUUUCAGAGUUGGUAUGUAGAGAAGAGGUCAAGGAGCUUGCUGGACUCCUUCCCACACAGGCACAGCAUGGAAAAACUAAAGUGGGGAAUUCUGGAUGGAAAAACCUUUUUGACAAAGUGAUCUGCAAAAUAGCCACGGAGGUGAGGUUGAGUUUCCUAGCUUAAUUUUUCUUAUAUAUUUGUUUAAACUAUGCAUUUCGAUUUUGUCAAAUGUAUAUAUUCAUCUUAACACUUUAUUUCUGUAGCAAUUACUUAAUAAAAGAGCUUUUUUUAACUAUUU